AUGAGUUUUGUCUAUAUAUCCAUUACAUUGAAGCCAAUUGGCGUGCUUCGCCCAUCCUCAUUUGUCUUAUAUAGUAAAUGCUAGGAUUGAUGUCUGACCAGGAGUGGUGGGAGGAGGAGCAUGAAUGGACACGACGUGCAGGUGAACGGGCACGGCGUGCAGGUGAACGGGCACGGUGUGCAGGCGAAGCGGCACGGAGUGCGGGUGAACGAGCAGGACGUAGGGGUGAACGGGGACAUGAUAUAAGCGUAGGGCGUUCGAUUGUGGUGAUACGGGAUCACAAUGGUACACCACGAAGAAGAAUCAUUACCAAUGGAAUUUUUAUAGAAGAUUCAAGAGGGCAACACCAUGGUGAGCACUUAGAAGAUUACGAAAUAGGACGGGAAUGGAAUGAGCAACUAAGAGUAGUGGAAUUACCAACUUACGAUGAUACAUUCACUUCUCAUGGACGUUCUUGGUGGAAUCUAUGUACAGCCCGUGAGGCUGAUGUGUCCGUAUAGACUGUCAAAAUUGCAUUUACGAUUGCUUGUCAUUUGUCCCGGUUCUUUGUAUAUAUGUGUGAAAUUGAAGAAAGAUGAUCCCCUGAAGAUGAGUGUGCCGAAGCCGAUCAAAUUCAUUCCAGAAGGAGUAUCCGUCGCACAAAAAUAUAGAUGGGAGGCAGGGUCAAAGCCUCAAAGGUCACAGCCCCACCAUUUUCCUGUUGUCGAGAAACAAAACGAGCAAGAGGAAGAGAUCGCCAAAGAAAAAGGGGUUGGCUGCCACCGCCGCCCAGAGAAGGAGUGUCAGACCCUCUUUUGCUGGAUUAUUGAAAUAAUCUACAUUUUUAUACGAACUAUUAGUUUCAACUUUUGAAAAUGCUGACUUGGCUGUGAGACGGACCUUCUCAAAGUAGACAGUGAGGCGGAUGAUGUCUAUUUUUAUUCCCUUCCAGCUCAGCACCACAUUGAAUAUGCAUUGUUCCACUGGAGAGGAUAAUUUUAUCCCAAUAUGAUGUGGCAAUGCAUUGAAUAGUAAUCCAUGGUCCCAUUAAAGAUGCUCUAAUAUUCUGUAAUAACACAUGCAUGUGUAUGGGAUUACCAACUUACUAUGCAUUAUUAUGUAACAAUUUGGAAAAACAAUGAUGAAUAAAUGAAUGAUAACCUCAAAACCA